AUGGGCUCGGCAAUUAAUCAUUUUCUAUUAAUAUAUCUCAUUCUUGUGGCAAUUAUAGGUACACUCGGUAAUGGAGUGAUCUUGUUAGCGUAUGGUAACCGAUGGAAUUCAUCAAAGUCAACAUCGGUUAUCUUUAUCCUUAUUCUUGCAUGUGUCGAUCUAUGGACGUGCUCGAUUGUUGUGCCGACAAUUGCGAUCAUGGAGUACCGCGAUUUUCUUGUACCGACGUCCAUAUGUCGUUUCUAUUCGUUUUCGAAGAAUUUAAUUAUCAUCUCGUCAUUUAUUAUGUCGUUCAUUGCUUUUGAUCGAUUUAUAAAUAUCGCUCUGCCACAUUGUCGCUUACUCAAUCCGAGAAGAGUGAAGGUUUUGCUGAUUACAUUUAUUGCUAUAGGCAUUGGCCUCGGUACAUUAACUGCUCUAGCAUUUUCUACCCAUCCUUACAAAAGCGUGUUUCGGGUAACCUAUUAUUCUCUAUUACCAAACGAAAGUUACUCACCCGUCAAGUACGAAGAUAUAGAUUUCGAACCAGAACAAAAUUCAUCAUUGACCGCGAACGUAACAGAUUCUAUUAUAACCACUCUUGAUCCCGAUGGUAUUAGUAAUAUCACAAUAGUGGACUUUCAACAUAAAUCAACAGUCGAACGUUGCUUUGCUGAUACAACAAUUCUCUCGGAAUCGAUACGUGAAAUUUUGAAGAGCUCAUCCAAUAAAGUCUUUUAUACUUUAAUUGGUAUUGUGACGAUUUUUUAUACAAUUACAUUUGUUCUUGCACUUCGCCGACAAAAUCCACGUAUACGUGCACUGAAAAAGAGUCUGAAUGUUUUGAAUAAAUUCGAUGCUUAUCCAUCGCCCAGAUCAGCUCAACGACCUACAGAUUCCGUUGUUUCAUAUCGUCCGUCAAUAGUUUCAGCAAGUGCAGUGACAACCACUGUAGUCAAACCGAUUCCUCCCUUACGAAAUGAACAACAACUUGAAAUGUCGAGCUUCGCUCCUCCAGAUGAAUGUGACGAGCAUACUCUUCCAUCGCCAACAGCAGGAACACAAACGAAGAACUCUCCGCAUCAAAUCAGCAUAUCCGAUGGUACAUCGGACGAUCUUCCACCAUCAUCGGAGAAACUCUACGGAGGCAAACAAGUAUCCUUUCAAGUUGAAAAUCGUCGAAGUACAUUACAAAAGGAAGGAACGAAACAUCUCUCACUCUCAUCCGUAUCAUUCGAUAAUGAACUCGAUGCCAACCAUAAUGUGUAUUACAAAUUGCCAUGUCCAUGUUUAACUACCCGUCAACUUUUAAUUAAAUUUCACUUCGCACGGCCAUCUUUGUCAUCAUCCAAAUGGUUGUGUUGUUGUUGUACUACGAAAAAACCAACAUCUCACACACAUUUGUCAUCGAUUUCUAACCAUUCAGAAGAUGAAGCUGCCGCCGCCAUAAUUACUUCAACAAAUCCCACAACAGCCACGUCGGCAUCGAAUAGCGAAACACUACGAAGACAGUUACAUCGUCAUCGUAUCCAACAACUACGCAUGGCAUCGACGUUUUUAAUUAUCACUGUUUCGUUUGUAUUGUUCUACCUACCAUCAAUUCUGAAUGCUGAACGAAUUAUAAAAAGUCCAAUCAUGAUUUAUUAUUUAUAUUUAUGUACACAUGCAUUGAAUCCAAUUAUAUAUUGUUUUAUGAAUCCAAGUUUACGCGCGUACGUUUUGUCCAUGUUGCAUUGUCCCGCGAAAAGAAAUCUAGCUCGAGGCAGAUCAUCAUUUAUAGAACGAUAA